CUUCGUCGGUUGUAAUAUUCACGUUUCGUUUGUGCUCUGCGUGGUGUGUGGCUACUGUGUAUAUUGUUAGUCGGUCAGUUUCGACUGUUACGAGUCCGCGUGUUGAAAUUGCUGGCGACGGACGACCGAUCGUUUUUGUUUCAAGACUAAUAUAAAGAAAUGGCCUAAAAUGGAAUUUGUAUUGGGUGCUUUGGGCGCCAGUGGCGCUGUGUGUUUCACCAAUCCUUUGGAAGUAAUAAAAACCCGGUUUCAGCUACAAGGAGAGCUGAAAAAAGCAGGCAACUACAAAGUCCACUAUAGAAACUUCGCUCACGCUAUUUACGUAGUGGCAAAAAAUGAAGGUCCGUUGGCACUGCAAAAGGGCCUAUUGCCGUCUAUGGGACACCAAGUGUUUUUGAAUGGUACGAGAUUAGGCAUUUUCGAUCUGGCGCAAAAAAAAAAGUGGAUACUUAAAAACGAUGGCACCGUUUCGCUGAUCAAGUCCGCGUUUGUCGGAGCCGGAGCCGGCAUGUUGGGUGGUUUUUUAGGCAGUCCACUUGGCAUGUUAAAAAUUCACCUGCAAUCAUUUUCUGCUCAAUCAAUCGCCGUCGGUCAUCAGCAUAACACCACCAGCACGAUAAACGGUCUACUAACGUUGUACAACAAAUACGGCGUAGUCCGCGGGCUUUGGCGCGGGGCAACCGGGGCCAUGGUACGCAUUGGCGUAGCGUCGGCUACGCAACUGAGCACGAUAAGUUUACUCAACGAGGCGCUCAUCGAUCACGGGGUGUUGACCAAGGAUCAGAAAUUCCUGAGCACUCUCAUAUGCAGCAUGCUGGGUGGAGUGCUGAUGUCAAUAGUGAUGGCACCAUUCGAUCUGGUAUCCACCAGACUCUAUAACCAAGCUGUUGACGCCAAAGGCCGGGGUCUUUUAUAUUCGUCGUACAUUGAAUGUAUGACCAAGACUUUCAAACAAGAAGGAAUCUACGGGCUUUACAAAGGCGUUGUUCCGUGCUACCUUCGACUCGGACCCCAUGUCGUUUUGAGCAUGGUGUUCUGGGACAGGUUGAGAAUACUUGAAUCAGAAGUGUCCAACCGCAUUAAAACCAUGCAGAGUCUUUAAUAUUUUAAUUACUUUAUUAAAUGAUUUUAUAUUGUGUAUUUUUUACUCAUCGUGUAAAUUGGAAAUCCCAAGGUUAUAUAAAUUGUUAGAUCAUUUAUAUUUAUAUUCUAAAGGUUAUGUUCCUGAUGGUUUUGAAUUUCAACCAAAUGCAAUAAAAGAGAAAAUUUUACAUUUAAAUUAGCAAAUAUAACGUAUAAGUCAAAUAUUUUUCCAUUGACAUUUAACCCACGCUCAACGAUUAUUUUAUUUUAUCAAAUCAAGCGUAUCAAUCAUGAAAUGUCUAUAAUUGUAUAAUAAUAUCUUAAGUUAAAUUAUAACAACAUUAUAUAGUCUGAUGUAACCAUGUACGUAUUAUGAGUAAUUGAUUAAUGGUUUAGUAUUUACAACACAGUACAAAUUAGAUAUCUACAAUCAUACCAGACCUAGUAAUUUGGUACUUACAUAAUGUAUAAUAGCUAUUAGCUGACUCAGUAGACUAUUGAAAUUUAAAGUCAAUAUUAAGUAUAGUAUAUCCGAUAUCGUAUAGAUACCCAAGUAUUGAUUGUGAUAUUUUUUGUUUAUAAUAUUUUUAUAAUCUUUAGUCACUGUUCAUCAAAUAUUUGCAUCAUAUUUAUUGGGUUAUCGCAUUAAUAAAAAUAUACCUAAGUACAUUAUAAUUUGACCGAUAUUUAAAUUUUAAAAUGUAGCCUGCCCGUACAAUGUGCAUACAAGUCAUUCAUUAUGCUAGGUGUACACCGCACUCGUCUUAAUAAUAAGUAGGUAUAGCUCAUAGCCAAAUGAUGAUUAGUAAUUUCAAUUUUCGUUUUAUCUAAGGUAGAUUAAAUCCCGAAUUCGUGUUUGGCAUAAUAUGUCUACGUGAAUAAUAUUGUACAAUUAGUAUUUAAUAGAUAGCUUCAAAUUCGAUUUAAU